UUGAAUUUCGAACACGGUACGGCGAUCUUUUCCUAGCUCUGGAAGACUCCUCCGAUUUGUGGGCCUCAGCGAUUUGAUCAGUGAUCAUCAGCGACAAGCAACCUACUAGUGGUAUUUCGGUUGGUUGGAAAGGUUAUGUUUUUUUUUCGGGGGUUUCGUGAAGACCUAACGAGAGUGGGUAGUUAGAGGCGAAUCUUCGCAAUUCCAACUUAAUCUGGGGAAGUCGGCGAAGGUUUUCUAGUGUGGUGAAUGGUUUGAGUUGUUUUAAAAGUGUGAAGUUUCAGGCUGGUAAUCGCAGGGUGCAAAGUUCAAGGAUCACCGCGCAGAUUGACCUGGGGUGCUGCGCAUGAUGCGGUGAGCUCGCGUAACUGGGGUACGAUAUCCGAGAACACAGGUUUCGACUCUCCGUUGAGUGGUUUUGUGGCUCAAGCGCAGAUUUCUGAGUGGAGUCUUUGGGUAAACGCGCGUCAUACGCAGAUCGAUCUAUGUAUACGGCCUGAUCGCAAGUGGUAUUGCGGUUUGCCCUGUGAAACGUCAAAUGACAACUCCGGAAGCGGUACAAGUUUUUUUCCCUCGCAGCUCUCUGUAAAAGCUUGGCACUUGUGUGACAACGUAUUUUUUUUCUGCCCCGUGUUGCUCUGCCAGAUUCCACCUGAACCAGAUCUGCUGCUGCUGCUGCUGCUCCGAGAAACUUCGGAAAAAGUGCACGCAAGCGCCCGAUGGCGCUGCCCUGUGGAGAAUGAAGGAAACAUCGAUCGCGAGAUAUCGUGGAGUUAUCAGAAAAAAGUCAAAUUGAAAUCGCGAUAACGUGCAACGUUUAAAAGAGUCCAACUACAGUGAUAGAUUUAAUCGAUACAAAAGUUAAACGUGGAGAGAAGAAGCCAAAAAGAGUGCAAAGGAUUGGAAAAAAGCCAACCGGAAAAGAAAAAGUUAUCAAUCGCGAAAGAGAAAGGAAAAUUGUUACAAAUUCAUGUCGCAUUUGGUCCCUAGAGUUUAUCACACAGGAGAAAGAGAGGCUCCUGAAGAAUCGAGAAGAGUGUUUAACUACGAUUGAUGUGUAGUGUUGGUCCCAAGAGGCCACAAAUUAUUCCUCGAAGUUCACGUUGAGCAAGAGGGAGAUCGCGGGGGUCCACGAUUUUUUUUUCCGUGAUCUGUAGCCGCCUGAUCGUCUUCCCAGCAGAAGAAGGGAAAACAGCAGCCCUUCGGCAGGCAAAAAUAAGAAGCAGUAACAAGUAACUGGCGCAGUGCGUUUCAAAAGCAUGUUUUCUACUGGAACAUAUCGCCAAGCUUUCUGCUACUACUUCUGAAACCAAACCGGGAGGAAUGCGAUGGAAUAAAUGUUAAUCAAAAGUCUGCAGCGCGAAGAAAACGAUUCGAAGAAGCAAUGACAACGGUACAAAGAGGAGAGAAAAAUGAAUGAAAACUAGCGAUAUCAGUGAGCGGGAGAAAAAGGAUGAAAUGUGUAUAAAGAAAAGUCCACUUACAAACUUAAAGAAAUACCUUCAUCAAAUCAGUGUAUGCAUCAAAUGUUAAUUGAAAAUGAUCAGUAAAAUUAUCAGUUCUUCUUAAAAUUGUAUAGUUUGAAAACAUACUCCUGAUUGCCUUGGCACAAGAUCGGAUGCAACUUAUUGCAUUUAAACAGUUAACAAAGUUGCAAUUCUUCAAUCCUUCAAACGUUACUUACCUGUGUCUACAAGCCAUUUAAACAAAUCGAAGAUCUGGUGUUACGAAACUUCCCCCAUCCACACAAGUGUGUCUUCUAGGAAGACAGCAAAUCUUUAUCGGUUUAAGUGCUAGUAUAUGUGUGUGUAAGUGUGUAUCCGGGCCAGUGCAUAAAAUUUCCAAUCCCGCAGUGUUAGUGGAAGUUCAUGUGGCAAAAAGCUGCACCUGGCAGCGCGUGGGUGGCUUGCAAGAUCACCUGUUCUCCUUGUUCGAAGCUGGAAACUGGGCUCUCUUUUUCUUUUCUGAAAUUCGCCUCUUGAGCUGCGAAAGCUGCGUUCCUAAAGUUUGUUCGAUAUUGGUGCCGGAGUAUUUCUAGUAAAGUGGAAGCAAGAAAUAUUUUCGGAGAACGCAGUCAGCAAACCUGUAAUACUACACCACACCGUUUCAAAGUUGGUCGGUCAUCGAGCAGCGCUAAUUGGCGAACGAUUUGGGUUUCUUUUUUCGGAGACAAAAAGUAGCUGCCGCACGAACGCGAUCAUGCACGCGUGGCUUUUUGUCCUCGCGGUGCUGGCGAUUCUACAGGGUGUAACGCAAGUCGCUAGCACCGACCGUCAAGCGUCUUUCUCGUACUCUUCUCCCUCUUCUUCGGUGGCAAAGUCCACGAUCAUCAGCAUCUUCAGCAGCAACAGCAGUAGUCGGAGUAAAAACAGCAGUAGUAGUGAAGUCGAAGACGAUGAUCACCAAAGUGCCGCAGCCACCUCGAACAGUGACCGUAGUGUGGCGCAAAGUGAGCCAAAGGUGGACGAAGAUAGUGUAGUGGAGCAAACGACCGGUGAACUGCUGCUGCAGGUGGAACACGUCGAAGAAGAGCAGCAAACCAUCAACAACAGUGAUAGCAACAGCCAUAGGAAUAGUGGUAGUAGUGACAGCAGCAGUAGUAGCCAUACUAGCAUUAGUAGCCAUAGUGAUAGCACCGUUAGCGUUAGUGAUAGUCAUAGCAGCAGCCAUAGCAGCAACAAGCCCGAUCCGGCAACGCUAGUCGAAAUCGAGAAGAAUCUCCUGAGUCUGUUCGGUUUUCCCAAACGACCAAAAAUUGAUAGAUCUAAGGUGGUGAUACCGGAGGCGAUGCGGCAGCUGUACGCGCAAAUCAUGGGCCACGAUCUGACCGAUUCGGUGAAUGUGCCGCGGGAGGGGUUGAACACCCGGAACGCCAACACGGUGCGGAGCUUCACUCAUGAAGAAAGUACCAUCGACGAUCGAUUCAAGCAUCACCAUCGGUUCCGGUUGAUGUUCAACCUAACGGCCAACAUCCCGCGGCACGAGAAGCUCCGAGCUGCGGAACUCAUCCUAAACCGGGACGCGAUCGAGGGUCAACGACCUGGCCUACGGCAUCAGGUUUUGGUGUACGACAUCGUCCGACCGGGCAUCAAGGGCAAGCGGGCACCGCGGUUCCUGCUGAUCGACUCCAAAACGGUCCGGAUCAACGAAACGGGCAGCAUAAGCCUGGAUGUUAUGCCGGCGGUCGAGCGCUGGAUCCGAUCUCCCAAGCAAAACCACGGCAUCUUCGUGCAGAUCACAAGCAAGGGAUCCAAACGGAAAUCGUUGGCACCCAGCGCAGUUCCCGAGCAUCAUCACGUGCGGUUACGAAGAAGUUUAGACGAAAGUCACGAUAAAUGGUCCCACAAACAGCCGCUUCUCUUCACAUACACCGACGAUGGCCGGCACAAGCAGCGGCCAAUUCGAGACGCGAUCAGCAACUCAAACCGGGCCCGGAGAGCUCCGAUGAAAAACCGUCGGAGAAAAAACGGCAACGAAGCUUGCCAGCGGCGACCUCUCUACGUCGACUUCAGCGACGUCGGCUGGAGUGACUGGAUUGUGGCGCCACCUGGCUAUGAAGCCUACUACUGUCAGGGUGACUGUCAGUUCCCGAUCGCAGAUCACCUCAACACCACAAACCAUGCGAUCGUACAAACGCUGGUCAACUCCAUCAGUCCCAGCUUAGCCCCCAAGGCCUGUUGUGUACCCACGCAGCUGUCCUCCAUCUCUAUGCUCUACCUGAACGAGCAGAACAAGGUCGUGCUAAAAAACUACCAGGACAUGACCGUAGUUGGUUGCGGAUGUCGCUAAACUCAAGCGGCGAUCUUACUUCGACAUUGUAAAUUGUAUCAUAGCACUGGGUAUCCUCUUAAAGAAGAUACAUUUCUAGAUAUGAAGUUAAUCCGGCCGGGCCGUAGCUUAAGCAACUUCCCCUCCCCUCAACCAAUCUCUUCCCCUACAUGUACAUUGUCCUUUCACCCCUCCUCCUAGCCACGUAAGAAGAUUUGAAUAGCAAGUCAAUAUCGAAAUCGAACGAUCGCGAAACCCAGAAUGAAUGCGAACUAGGCUGUUGUAUAGGAACUCAAUGUUAUUUUUAACGCUAACUACUAUUAGCAGAACCCACCCCAGUGUCGGUUGAAAUUGUACAAAAUUAUCUCUUAGCUUUAGGAAAAAAAAACAAGUGCAUGUCCUCAAGUGUGUAUGAAAGUUGUUAUUUUCGAGAGAGAAAAUUGACACAGAAACCUAAGAAAAAACUGCUACAUCAUAAAUACUUAACCAUACUUUGUAAAUAGUUUCCAUGUUAUCUGAGUAAAAAACAAAGUGGAAUUAACUACUAGCAAUAAAAAUUUCAACUAAACCAACUCUUCAACAACAAACAGAAAAUAAAUCUGCCUAUCAUCAAACUGUACCGCAACUUAACUCCUUAUUUAUUUCAAGAAUGUUUAGUUAGCCACAAACAGUUGGGGCAUACAAUUCCGAUUUCGUGAUAGGUUAAAUCAAUCCCACCUUUGGGAUUGAUUCUAGAUCUAGAUCAGACCAAGCAAAAACAAUAAGCAUCAAACCAUAGGAAAAACCCGAGCAAACUUUUUCAUUAUAAACAAUAGAAAGUAGAAGCAGUCGUUUUGUGUAAAUUUGUGUAUCAUAUAGUACCUGUAUUAUGUUUUUUUUAUUGCUUAGAAUAUUACGAUUAUUUUUAUUGACCGACGAAUGUGCCGUGUGCGCCGAAGCAGAAACACUUAUUUAUUUAUAAACGAAAAAAGUAACUGGACAAAGAAAAUACAAACUACUGUGGAGCGAAGUGAGAGGAGCGAGAAGAUAAUAAAACUGUGUAAAAUUUGCAAA